AAGAGAUCGGUUACUCUGUAGAGGAGAUGACAAUAUACUCGAGGGCCCAUGUUCAGGCAUGCCGUACCUUGAUGAUCAUUUCCAUCCUUCUGGGAUUCAAAGCUGCUGUGAUCUCGCUGCUUGGUUUAAAGUGCACAAACGUUGGGCUGAGUGACGAGGAUGAAAAAGUGAAGGUUGCUGUCACGGGAGGAUUUCUUUUUAUUUUAGGAGGUCUCUGUUCCAUGGUGGCUGUUUCUUGGUAUGCUGCAAUGAUUACUGCUCCGUUCUUUAACCCAUUAUAUACUGGAACCAAAUACAAACUAGGAGAUGCUCUGUACUUAGGCUGGGCUGGAUCUGUUCUUUGUAUGCUUGGUGGGAUCUUCCUAACCUGUCCAUGCAAAGGGAAGGAAAAACAGGAAUACAGUGCCAGCAAAUACAGAUAUUCAGCAGGCCAGGCAAGUGGUCAGCAGCAAAUUUACACCGAAGAUGCUGAGACAGUCUCAAGUCCCAAGGAGUACAUCUAAACUUACAUUUUCACAUCACCUGUAACGUUACGAGGUUUUGAACUUACAUUAAAAAACAAAAAGAUCUCCUUCCAGGGAUUCAUUCUAUGUUGCAAUCUUUCAUCUUAAUUCAGAGGUGAUCUACAUCUGAACAUCUCCUUCUGGAAAUGGCUGUGAAGUAGAAAUAGGUUUCUGCAGAUGCGAUGUGAAUUCCUGCAGCAUGAAGGCUGUCUGCAUGCUGAGAAGUCUGGUAAAAUUUAAGCACGGAGCGUGGGAUACCCUGAUAACUGAGAGCACCCUCUUCCAUUUCAGCUAACUAAACAAAGUGGAACUGGUAUGCUGUAGCUGCCUGUGGGCUAAUACAGCUCACUGUUAGAAAUGGUUUUACUUUCAUUACUGUUGGGAGCUUUAGCUUGUAACAGCAAAUAAGCUUUAUUCUGCUGACUGACUAAAAGAGACUUUCUGGUGCGUAGCAUCUUGGCCAUUAACGAAGAGGUAGUCUAUAUACUGUGGGUUUGAAGUCCAAGUAUCAUAUAUACUGAAUGAUAUACUGAAUGGUAUACUGAAACACACAUUAUGUAUGUAGUCAAGAUUUGUAAAAGCUUCAGAAGUCCCUUAAAAACCUGCGUAUCUGUGGAUGUGCAACAAGUUCCUCGUUGGUUGGGUUGUAGCUAUGAAAAGUAAAUGGCACAGAACAAAGCAAACACAGCUGGGAGCAAGGAAAGCAAUUGGUCAGGCUAUGCCUUGAGGUAACAAGAAGAUAGCCCCAGUUUUUAUUUUUUCAGCUUCUAAAAUAAUUGUAUUUUAAUUUUGGGCAGUCUUUUACUUCAGGAGCUUCUGUUGCAUCUGAAUUGCCUAAUUCAAGUAAUUCUACAGUGGCUUUGUUCUCUGUCGUGGUUCCAGCAUUAGAAUUGAUGCCUUAAACUGCUCCUCUAGUGGGAGCAUAUGUUACCUUGUGUAAGCACUUAAGACACUGACAAUGAGCUAAUUUUCCUUCGUAUUGAUGUCUUGAGCGAUGUGAAAUGGAAUUUCACACUGCAGGUUCACAGUUCUUUGUCCUUAAAUUAUGAAUUUGUUAAUAUAGUUGAACAAAAUACUUUGGUAUGCCUCUGCUUUCAACACCUUGUAUCAAAGCAUGACUGUAGCCUGAAUGAGAAACCGCGUGCCUCUUCCUUAGCUUUGUCCUUCCUUGUCUAUCCAAACAGACACAUUCAUUGGGGCAACCUGCAAAUACUCGGAGCAGAAGCAGCUCAGUCACUUUGUUUGCAUACAGAUACUGCUCACUUGUAAGGUGACACUGUAAGGAAUGAGUUUGGCCACUGACAGAUCUUAAUAAAUGUAAUGAAUUAAACCAAAAGGAGUGGCAGUGGCUUUUAGGUUGCCACCAUCAUCUUUGUUCCUCAGCAAUAAAGUCUUUCUCAUAAAAUCACCCCUUCAGUAUAUUAAAGAAUAAUUUCAAAAGCAGAGGAGCCAUUAGGCUUGCAUGGUGGGAGCUGAGCUCCUUAUAAUCACCUGAAUAUUCUGUCCUGUGUCUUUUUGUGUAAAUCUGUGUUGGUUUUUGGUCUAGUUGAAAGUAAGAACAGUUCAGAAGUCAGGCAGAGCAGUUGGGGUGUCAGAACUCAGAGCUUCCAUGGCCUUGCAUCAGCUCUUCCAGCGACAUCACUGGGAAGCCUGAUGGAAACCAGGAGUAAAAUCCCUGGUUUGUUCAUUCAAUCCAUCCUUGUCAUAUUCAGCAUGACUGAGGGGAUAUAAAUGCCUGUUUAUUUAUGCUCCUUCUGACAAUUGGGUGUUUCUGCUGUUUUUCCCUGAUUAUUUGCUCCUUUCCUGAGCACCGUCAACAGCCACCUUCUGAAUGAAUGUAAGGAGCCAUCCGCUCAGGGUAGCAAGUAAGGCAUUUUAUAUAUAGGUGAUAUAUGCUGUCAUUUUUUUUCCCGCUUCGUCUAUAACGAGCUGCUUAAAAGCAGCAAUGUGUGGAGGUGUUUUAAGGUGAGCUCAGUCCUUUGCCCAGCAGAUCAGACCGCGUUGGUAUUUUCAGAUCUUCUUCGUAUCUCUGUAGCUGAGACCAAAACCCUGCAUUGGGUUCUGCUACUGGUCUGGCAGCCUUCACCACCUAGAAGGAAGGAGAGAGAUGUUACAGAAGCAGUGGAAGGAAUCACGCAAACCAAUUUCUUCUUCUUAGGCUUUUGAGAAGAUUUAUUUUGGUUUUGAUUUUGCUAUGGAAUAAUAAAUGGAUAUUUUUGAUGACCUCA